GGGGAGCAGCUCGACCCAGCAGCACUCCUGAGCUGUUUGAUUUGAACGCAGCAGCAGCAGCACGUUUUAAAAGACAGUGGCGACAUGGACGAGUCCUCUAACGCACCACCAGACCGGCGGCUCGUGCCCACGGCCGCCGCUCAGCCUGCGCGCGCACACGCACCUGAUGACCUCAUACUGCGAGGGUAGCUGGAGUCGCCCUCCUGCAGGAGAACGUUCACCCUCAGCGUGAGGAGGACUUUGGCUCGGAUCCAGGACCCCCUCCUCCUCCUCCUCCUCCUCCUCCUCCUCUUCCUCUCCGACUGGCACAGUCAGAGGAGUGACUGUGAGAGACCGAGCGAGGGGAACGUGGGAAAGAGGAAGACGAUGUACCAAACGCUGCUUCUCUCCUCCUCCCUCUUCAUCCUUCACGUGAUGGGCACUCCACAGUUCCUCGCUCACCACGGGAGGAGGGUGUGCGGCCGGGACCACCAUCACAACGUUGUCACGGCAACAGAGUCGUAUGUCCAGCCGGUGCACAAGCCCUACAUCACCCUGUGUCACGGACAUCGCCUCUGCAGCACGUACAAGACUGUGUACUCGGUGGCGUACCGGCAGGUGAGCAGGGCGACACCUCCUUCGCAUUUCUACCCGGAGUGCUGCCCCGGCUGGCAGAGGUUUCACUCUCACAACUGCAACCAAGCCGUGUGUGGACAGCCCUGUGUGAAUGGAGGCACCUGCUUAAGACCCGACCAGUGUGCCUGUCCUCUGGGCUGGACGGGGCACCGAUGCCAAACAGAUGUGGACGAGUGCAGCAAGCGGCGGCGGCCGUGCGCCCAGGAGUGCGUCAACACAGCUGGAAGCUAUCGAUGCGCGUGCAGAGACGGUUUCAGGCUCACCGGAGACGGCCACUCCUGUCAAAGCCUCCCUCCUCCUCCUCCUCCUGCUGAAACUCCUCCCUCUCCCACUCAGGCAACAGUGGGUGGUCACACGGAUGCUGGUGGAAGGCUCGGCCCGGCGGAGAACGUGACAGAGGAGGUGCAGAACCUGAGGAACAGGGUCGAGCUCCUGGAAAAGAAGUUGCAGUUGGCGUUGGCCCCCUUCAGCAGCUUCUUCCCGCUGUCGCUGGACGAGGGUUUGUCCGAGAAAACCACCUUGCUGUCCCACUCCUUCCAGCAGCUGGACCGCAUCGACUCCCUCAGCGAGCAGAUCGGCUUCCUGGAGGAGCGGCUCGGCACAUGUUCUUGUCAGGAGAAUUAGCCGCACAACUUCUACAUUUCCAGUUAAUAAUGACACAAACAUGCCAGAGAUUGUACGCACCAAGGCGGCUGAUGUUUGUGAAGAAACAUGACGGCAGAGAGCAGAAACAAAUCGUCCGUGAUCACUACUCCCACUACGCUUCAUUUACUUUUCUUGUUGGAUUACAGUCAGAUUGUUGAUUCUUGUAACUCUACCUGUGGCAGGCUCAGUGUGAGCAUGACAUCAUCCGUGUGCCAUCCGAAUCGAACCUCCCCUGAGGGUCAAAGGUCACGUUGGCCAACUUUGUGUUUCUGUGUUUGUUUUACAUCAGUGCAGCUGUGUCCUCUCGUCUCAGCCUCCUCCCCCGAGGCCGACGUGGACAUCUGUAUUUAUCUAUUUAAAUUAUGAUUACGUUUAGUUACGUCUCAGUGCUCCAAUAGACAUUUUUACAUAGUUUUGUAACAUUUUGUAAUAAAAAGCUCCUAAUCAAAAAAAA